UUCAUCAUGCUAUUAUUUUAUAACACCAAUUAUUUACAACCCUUCUCCCAUCUUCUCUAUUAUGGUCAACCCACAUUUUCUUGCAAUACCAUUCCCAAUUCUAGGACACAUAAACCCUCUUAUGCAAUUCUCUCAUAUUUUAGCCAAACAUGGUUGCAAAAUCACUUUCUUAACUUCAGAUGAGAAUUACAACAAAAUGAAAACUACUUCAAUUGUUUGUGAGGAAGGGAAACACAUGAAAUCACAAAUUAACCUUGUGUCUCUUCCAGAUGGUGUGAGUCCUCAAGAUGAUAGAAAAGAUGUGGGCAAAGUUAUAUUGUCCACAAGAAUCACUAUGAGUUCCAUGCUUCCACAACUCAUAGAAGAUAUUAAUGGUCUUGAUAGUGAUAACAAGAUUUCUUGUAUAAUUGUCACUAAAAAUAUGGGAUGGGCUUUGGAAAUUGCAUGCAAAUUGGGAAUUAAAGGAGCUCUUUUCUGGCCAGCUUCAGCAACUUCAUUGGUCUCUUUUGAUUCCAUGGAGAGGCUUGUUGAUGAAGGAAUUAUUGAUUCUCAAACUGGUCUUCCAAGAAAACAAGAGAUUCAACUUUCCACAAACUUGCCUAUGAUGGAAGCAGCAGCCAUGCCAUGGUAUAACUUAACUAGUUCCUUCUUCUUCCUUCAUAUGAUGAAAGAAAUGCAAAAUAUGAAUUUAGGAGAAUGGUGGCUUUGUAACACUAGUAUGGAUCUUGAGGCUCAAGCACUUUCCUUAUCACCAAGAUUUCUACCAAUUGGCCCAUUGAUGGGAAAUGAGCUUAACAAUAUUGGUUCUUUGUGGCAAGAAGAUGAAACUUGCAUAGAAUGGUUAGAUCAACAUCCACCUAAAUCAGUCAUAUAUGUUUCAUUUGGUAGUUUGAUAUCAAUUGGGCCAAACCAAUUCAAAGAGUUAGCUCUUGGGCUUGAUCUUCUUGAAAGGCCUUUUCUUUGGGUUGUGAGGAAAGAUAAGGCACAUAAGGAUAAUGGUCUAGAAUAUGAGUACCCUAAUGAGUUCAAAGGAAAUCAAGGUAAAAUUGUGGGUUGGUCACCACAAAAGAAGAUUUUGGGACAUUCUUCAAUAGCAUGUUUUAUUACACAUUGUGGUUGGAAUUCAACAAUUGAAAGUGUGUGUAAUGGGGUGCCUUUGUUGUGUUGGCCAUUUUAUAGUGAUCAACUUAUGAACAAGACAUAUAUUUGUGAUGUAUGGAAAGUUGGAUUGGGAUUUAAAAAAGAUGAAGAUGGAUUGAUAACAAAGGGAGAGAUAAAGAAGAAGGUGGAGGAAUUACUUGAAGAUGAAGAAAUUAAAGAAAGAUCUUUGAAGUUAAUGGAAAUGGUGGUGAAGAACAAAGAAGAAGGGGGUAAGAAUUUAAACAAAUUUAUCAAUUGGGCCAAGGAAUAGGAAUACUCACACUUGUUGUUACUUCCAAUGAAAUACUAAAUUUGAGCACAAACUUGAAAAACUAAUUUGAAGUUCCACUUCUAUUACUUCAAUCACUUUAUUCGAAUAUAAAUCACUCGAGCUAUGAAUCUCCAUCACAAUAAUAGUUAUGCAUUUUUCAUAGGGAUGAAAAUAUGUCAAGUCGUCGAUAGAAAUAUAUGACUUAAUCUACAUAAAGUUUGGUUCGACCUGAUUUGUUUAGUAAAUAUACUUUUUUUAUAUAGUUUUUUUAUUGUUCAUGUUAUUAUAAUAUUAUUAUUAAUCUAAACAAUUUACUUAUCCAAAUUUUUACAAUGUUGAUUGGACUACAAUAGUACUUCUAAUUGUUGAAAAAGAAUUACAAGUGUGAGUAAUAUGGGGAAAUUUCACAUUGGUUAGAAAUGUGGAGACUUGAGUAUUUAUAAGUAGGAGAACCCACACACCUAUAAACUUAAGGUUUUGGAUGAGUAUGUGAUGUGUCUCUUACAAUGGUGUGUUGUUCCUAAAGGUAGUCACCAAGUUGAAAAUACUUCUCGUUUGAUCCCCCUAAAUUGCGCCAUUGUUGAAGCGGUAGAGGGCAAGCAACAAAAGUUUUAGAAGUAUUUAUCCGAGAAAUUAUCGUCUCCACAAGGACUGGUUGAAAAGAAUUGUCGUUCGACAGAUUCUUAGUUCUUGAGUUCUUGUUAAAUGGGUUUUAACGUAAAGUGCGGAAAAGUAAAUUAUAAACAGAAAAUAAAUACACUUUCGAGAAGAGAAACUAAUCCGACACAAAAGUAAACUACUCGUCACAAACUUAAACCUAUCACUCUGUUGCACUCAACUUACAAUACUCGUCAAAAUCACCACAUAUCCCUCACAUCAAUGUCCAUUUCUGAAAUACCGAU